ACAAAAUCAAGGAUGUACAUACAUCAAACCAUAGCAUACUUCCCGUGCAAUUUUACACACAUAGCCAACAAUAAAAUCUGACACACAACGUUCAUCUUUAUUAUCGGACUCAUCAUGAUCCCCAUGAUAUCUGGGGCCCUGACCUUUAAUGCAACGCUUAUAUGCAGCCUGGUGGUCAACGGCACCAAGAUGAACGAUCCUCGGGCGUGCAACUCGUGGAUUCAGUGCAUCGAUGGGAGCGCAGUGAGUGGAAGCUGUGACACUGGACUCUUCUACGACAGGGAGAGCCAGAAGUGCCUGAGUUCCAGUAGCGUCAAGUGUCUGUCCAGUGAUCCGUGCGCUGCUCUGCCCACCGGAUUUGCGGCUGAUCCGUACUCCUGCAACGGCUACUACUACUGCAAGGAUGGCAAGGGGACGCACGGAGUGUGCAACACUGGAAUGAACUUCAAUCCGGGCACGCAAGACUGCAUCCGGGAUUUUCCGUGCUCGAAUAAGAUGGACCCGGAUAGCUACUGCAAUAUCCUGCCGGAUGGAGUCUUUGUCAAGGACACGGACAACUGCAAUGGCUAUCAGAUGUGCUGGGGUGGCCAGGUGAUCAAUGGAACCUGUCCGGGCACCUUCUACUUCAAGGCCUCCUCGGCGCAGUGCGAUUAUCCGCAGGAUGUGGAGUGUGACUUUGUGCCAGUGCCAGAUAUCAGCGAGAAGGGUGUAUGUCCAGAUACGGGUGGAUUCAUAUCCGAUAACAAGACCUGCAACGGCUACUACUACUGCAAGGACUUGGGCGAUGGAGAGUUCUCGCUGGAGCAUGGCACCUGCUCCGACGGAAGAUUUUUCCUGGCCACCGAUGGCGGUGCCUGUGUCCCGCGGUCCAAAGUGAAGUGCGGCUACGAUCGCUGCGUGGGAUUGGGCAAUUCCACCAUACAGCUGGCCAACGAGUCGGAUGAUGGUUGCAGGGGUUACUCGAUCUGCCAGGAUGGCAUAGUCAUUGGCCAGGGAACCUGUCCGCAGGACGAGUACUUCGACGAAAUUACCCAGCGGUGCACCACCCAGGUCAUAUCAUAUACCGCCUGCCAGAUAGCGGAGGAAACCACCCGGUUCCAAGUCGAGCAGCUGACGGCCGUGAAUGAUGGCACCACCUCCAUUCCGGAGUCGUGAGCAGCUAGGUAAAGGUACGCCAGUUAUCAGGCGUAGAUCAACUCUUUGUUUAGAUUUCGUCGAAUUGAUUGGACUACUCCUAUAAUAGCUCAACCAAAUUGCAAUUUUCUUAAGUAUGAAGUGAUUAUUUCGAAAAGCUUAGUUAUACACUUAAACUAAUGAAAUCGUUUAUAAACUGA